UCGACUACUCGAUCAUGUCGAUGCACGCGCACAUCCUCCUCCUGCUUAUCCUCUCAAAGGUUCAACUCUACCACCUGCAACUGCGACCAAGUAUGUAUCCCACCACAGGUCUACAAUUCGAACAGGACUAUGUGUGUGUCCGAUUCAGAGCUGUUCAAGCAAUCUAGUUUGGGACACUCAGCUGUGCCGCUGUGUCCCUUGUACCCCUCCCUGACAUAUGACCCCGCCACAAGAUCUUGCCAAUGCCGCACUCCUAUGUUCUUAGACCCAACUACAUCAACAUGUCAAUGCCCCACUACUAUGUUCUUGGACCCAACUACAUCAACAUGUCAAUGCGUCUCUCCUCUGUUCUUAGACCCAACCACAUUAACAUGUCGACAGUUGACGCCAACGUGCAACCCACCUCUGGUGUACAACAACAGCAGUAGAGCAUGCGAGCCAUGCCUUCCACCGCUGACCUACGACUAUGUUUCACGAUCUUGUCAGUGUUAUAGGACAUGUUCUGCCGGUGAAACCUUGAACACAAAUCUUUGUUCUUGCGAGUCGACAUGUAGGCUGACUCAGGCGAGCUGCUCAACUGGCUACACCUUCAACGCUACUUCAUGCAGUUGUCAACCAAUCUGCCGGCAGACAGUGCGGUGUGACGCCGGUAGUUACUUUGAUGAGACUCGGUGUACAUGCGUGGCUAACUGCAGACAAACUCAGGCUGGUUGUCAGUUCGGCUACGUCUUGAACUUAGUUACCUGUGUCUGUGAGCCAUCAUGUGCCUCUAGUUCAGUCAACUGUGUCUACGGCACUCGACGAAGUCAGCCAUCAUCAUCAGGAGAGUGCUGUGACUGCCAGUAUGGCUUCACAGGAGCCCAGUGCAACAUUUGUGACACUCGGCUUCUCCGAUGUCAAAACGGUGGUACACCCUCCCAGUCCCCAGUGAACGGUCAGUGUGUCUGUAUUUGCCCUCCUUACUGCAGUGGUCCUACCUGCUCCAAUCGAACUUGUGACCCCAGUUCCGCCAGGUGUGUGUACGGAAAUGUCCGGAGCUCACCCACGACGUCAGGAGACUGUUGUGACUGCAACUACGGCUUCACCGGCAGCCAGUGCGACCGCUGUGACACUCAAAUUGCCCGGUGUCUAAAUGGUGGUACACCCAACACAUACCCCACCUCCGGUCAAUGCGGCUGCUCUUGUCCUCCUGGCUACACGGGUACCAACUGCGAACAGCAAGUGUGUGACUCCAGAACGGUGAGGUGUGUGUACGGCAAUGUCCGGACCACACCCACGGCGUCAGGAGACUGUUGUGACUGCAACUACGGCUUCACCGGCAGCCAGUGCGACCUGUGUGAUACUCGCAUUAACCGGUGUCAAAAUGGCGGUACACCCAACGCAUUCCUCACAUCUGGUCAAUGCGGCUGCACUUGUCUUCCUGGCUACACGGGUACCUACUGCGAACAGCGACGCUGCAAUACACCUUGCGUAUAUGGAACGGUGGAUCCAACCACUUGCCAGUGCGUCUGCUACCCAAACUUCGUUCUCAAUGACUGCAGCCAGUGCGACAUUUUUUCCAUGAAUUGCCAGAAUGGAGGCUACCCAGCAGUACAAAACAACCAGUGCGCGUGCACGUGCCCUGCUGGCUUCACUGGCUCGCGCUGUGAGCAGUGCAGCACUCAACCUAACAUUUGUCAAAACGGCGGCACGGUUAACCUAAUCCCGAUUAAUGGCCAGUGCGGCUGUAGAUGUCUUGCUGGCUACACUGGUCUCUACUGUGAGACAGCACUUUGCUCCAGCAACACCAUCACUUGUGAGAAUGGAGGAACACCCUACCUGAACACAAACAAUGGCCAGUGUGCCUGCUCAUGCCUUGCUGGCUUCAGUGGCCCUACGUGUGGACGUGGAUUAUGUACACUACCAUGCGGACCCAACAGCAGUCCAGACAGACUUGAUAAUUUGUGUACUCGGUGUGUGUGUAACCCUGGAUGGACUGGACUUUACUGUAACACGCCAGUGACAGUGUCUCCACCCACCACAUCAACUGAACUCUGCUCGGCGUCCGAGUCCCCAUGUCUUAACGGACAGCCCGCUUACCGCGACUGUAACGGACGUUGUAUCUGUAGAUGUGACUCUCGCUUCUACACCGGCCCCAACUGUGAAUACAGAGUGGAACCAAAGCUGUGCGACAACUGCCUUUUCCAGAACGGAAACUACCUGGCUCCGGUACAAGGUCGCUGCGACCUUUUCGUCGUGUGCCAGCCGACCAAUGAGGAGCAGACGGAGUUCAUACCCUGGGUACAGUCCUGCCCCGCGGGUACCAUGUUUCAGACCAAGGGCUCCGUCAUGGGCUGCAUUGGUUUUGGAGAAGGCGUCUGCAGUUCGGACCCUUGCCAGACCCUGGGAGUAGGCGGCCGCUACGCCCACGCCACUGAGUGCGCCCGUUAUUACGAGUGCAGCAACCAGGUCACCGCGGCCUCUCAGUGCUGUCCGGCCGGCCAGAGCUUCGAUGCACGGACCCAGCAGUGCGUGAACAACCCCUCAUGCGUAAACACGUGCGCUGGCACGUACCGGCCUUGUGACACGACCAUCAUCGGGCGCGCGGGGACAGAGGAGUUCUGCCCCUACAGGGCUCGACCCAACAACGAGAGUUUCUACUACCACCUCAAAGCCGAGGCCUUCAGUUACCCGUGUGGUCUGCAGAGGAUCUUCAACUCCACCAGCUGUCUCUGUCAGGAUGACCCUCGCGCUGGCUGUGGACCAACCAUCGACCUUCCUUUCGACACCUCCUCGCCGAACAAGUCCGUGCCCCUCAGAACCGUUGCCGGCAGUCACGGUCGCGCAGGUUAUUUCGACGGCACCAGCAGGGUGGUCAUCUACCGCUACUCCAACUCCGGCUUCUACACCGACUACUUCCUGAUGCAGUUCCGCGUCAAACCUACCUCGGUGGCCGCUCUCGGCGCCGGUGAGGUAGCGCUGGUCAGCAACGGAGACUGUGGUGUUACUGAGUCGCUGGGCAUCACCUUGAGCAGCAACUACGUCAGCUUCAAGGUGCAGCAGGAGGGCUCCAGUCGCUUGGAGGUCCUGCGGGUACCAUAUUCACCCUCUUCGGACUGGCUCGACAUCAAGUUCGUGUACGAGCGACUUGGUGACGGGCUGUACAGUUUCACUGGCACUGUCAACGGACAGUCGCAGAGCUUGGAAAUGACCUCCGUCAUUGCCACCCGUGCCUGCGCUCUGCACAUUGCCCAGGGCCAGAAUUACCGGAACCUGGAUGGCUACGUUGAUGACUUCCAGAUAUGGAUGUGCAAGCCCUCAACAGUCUUUGGAUAGAUCCCAGAAUGAGAAGUCAUUGUGGCAAGGCCACAACAGCCUACAGUCAAAGAAAUUGCUUAUUAUGUGUUCAAAUGCUUCGCUUUGUCUUUAAACCGAAAAUGGGUCUCUUACGAGUUAAUGUGCUGGCACAUAAGACAAGUAAUCAGUAAGCAUGACACUGACUCAAAUUCAGCAGAUUUUAAUUGUUUUGUAUUGUUUUAUUUUACUUUAUUUGACUUUGUUGUAUAAACUGUUUAAGUAAGCACAGAUAUCCUUUAUUACCAGUGUACUUCUCAUGUCCAGGCUCAGAUUUCUCCACAAGAGUGGAGCCAUUUCCAGUCUAUAAAUUAAUGUUGCCAAUAAAUCUGUGUCAAAAAACUUAUUCAUGCUAGAAAGUUUCCUCAAAAACGUUAAGGUUGAAAAGGAUACGUUUCUUAUUGUCGAAUAGUUAUCUUUCAUCAUUUGAUAAUUUAUUAUAGACAUAUGUAUAUCCUCCAGUAUCUGCCACACUGAAUACUGCCUUCAGUAAACGCUGUUGUCUAUGUUCCUCCUCUACUAGUCAUAUAUUUGAUAAUCAGACUAUUCCCUCCUUAAGUCAUAAUAAAGUCAAAUGUUCAGCCUGCAAAAGCAGGCAUUUUUUAAAACCUAAAUUGUUUUGUUAAAGAAAGGCAUAAAACACUUCAAAAAAAUAUUGCGUGUAUUCACUUUUGAAGCCCCUUUCCAUUUCUCCUUAAAAGAGUAUAAGCCUUGCCAAUAAAAAACUACAUGAAAAAAAAA